ACGCUCACAAGCGCAGCGGGAUCAGAAGGGAAGAGGCUUUGUGAUGGGCUGUUGCUGCUGCACGUCUGCUUGUCUUCUGCCGGUGUGAGCAGCAGGUGGAGCGGGGGACCGAGCGGCGGAGCGGGGCAGUCAGAACCGCGCAGGCUGGCGGCGCCGCGGACAUGGGGAUUACAAAACGGUGGCACUUCGCGGCACCGGGAGGGAGAGCGGCACAAACUCCGCACGCCCGCUAGAAAACUCAGAUGCCAUUGUGCCCAUCACACGCAGCAUCAUAAUGAAUUAACGAGUAAAUGGACGGCGGAAGAAGGGCCAGGACUGGAGUCAAGAACGGGCGGAAAACAAAGUGACAAAUACAAGGACAAGGGCAAAACUUUACCAGAGGAUGAUCGAGCUCUGAGGACACAGUAACACGAGCCCAGGGGGUCAAGUGGGUCUGUAGAUAAUACUAACCACAUCAAACCAUGGAAGUGCUCCUGUGCAGAUUGUUCUGUGCCUUUAUAAACAGAUAAGCCAAAAUGAGAACAAGCAAGCCAUAAAAACUGGCUAGAAAAACCGGACUGGCCCCAGAAUGCAAAAACCGCUUCAGUAAGAGAUGCUUUACUACAGCUGGAAGUAGGGAUUUAUUAUGCUGAAAGAUGUAACUGCAGAAAGGAGCCAUGUGACCUCUGAUUUGGGGUGGCCAAAGCAAAGAUACAACUAGCAUGGAAGUGUACACAACCCCCCUGAUUUACAUCUAUGACAACAGCACCGUGGAGGUGAACGCUUCAUCUAACUAUAACAGGACGGGUUCGGCAGGGACUACGGAUACCUACCAGUUCUACAUCAUCAGCCUUUUCCUCUCCUGCCUCUACACCAUCUUCCUGUUCCCGGUCGGCUUUAUCGGAAACAUCCUGAUACUGGUGGUCAACCUGAACCACACGGAAAAAAUGACCAUCCCCGACCUGUACUUUGUCAACCUGGCCGUGGCCGACCUCAUCCUGGUGGCCGACUCACUGAUCGAGGUCUUCAACCUGAACGAGCAGUACUACGACAUCGCAGUCCUCUGCACCUUCAUGUCCCUCUUCUUCCAGGUCAACAUGUACAGCAGCAUCUUCUUCCUGACGUGGAUGAGCUUCGACCGCUACGUGGCCCUGGCCAGCUCGGUGAGCAGUAGCCCGCUGAGGACCAUGCAGCAUGCAAAGCUGAGCUGCGGCCUCAUCUGGACGGCCUCCAUCCUGGCCACCCUGCUGCCUUUCACCAUUGUGCAGACGCAGCACCGGGGCGAAGUCAACUUCUGCUUCGCCAACGUCUUCGAGAUCCAGUGGCUGGAGGUGACCAUCGGCUUCCUGGUGCCCUUCUCGGUCAUCGGCCUGUGCUACUCGCUGAUCGUGCGCAUCCUCAUGCGGGCGCAGAAGCACCGGGGCCUUUGGCCUCGGAGGCAGAAGGCCCUGCGCAUGAUCGUGGUGGUGGUGCUGGUGUUCUUCAUCUGCUGGCUGCCCGAGAACGUCUUCAUCAGCGUCCAGCUGCUGCAGGGCGCAACCGACCCAUCUAGGGGGAGCGUCGGCACCCUGUGGCACGACUACCCGCUGACCGGCCACAUCGUAAACCUGGCCGCCUUCUCCAACAGCUGCCUCAACCCCAUCAUCUACAGCUUUCUGGGGGAGACCUUCAGGGACAAGCUACGGCUAUUCGUUCAACAAAAGGCCAGCUGGUCCGUGCUCUACCGUCUCUGUCACCACACUCUGGAUUUACACAUUGCUGUCAGGACAGAGGUGUCCGAGGUGUAAGGCACCAAACUUACUGGACAAAUCAGAAUGCUGUGGGGUGGAGAGACUGAGCACUGGCUCUGGAGAACGUAGAGUAUGUGCUAGAAAUCCACCGGCAGGCCCGCAGAGAACUGUAAACAGUCCGACGAUAAGAUAAGACUGAGACUGGUGCGAACUCUGUCAUUCCAACACUGGGCAAACACAGGUCCCAAGAGCAGAAAAAGCAGGGACAUAUUCUUCAGGGGGCAUAGCCCAGAAUAAGCAGAACAUUUUCUUCUAAAUAUUUAAUUAUUUAUAAAGUGAAACUUUACUUUUUUUGCUUAUUCAAAUCAAAGACCCUGCGGUACAAAUAAAAUGGAUUCAUUUCAAACGGAUUAUCAUUUUGACUGAAAAAGGGGAAAAAUGUGAAAUUUAUUUGUAAUACACAACUGACUACUGAAUUACUCAAGAGCCACUAGAGACUUGCAGCUUAAUCUAAACCUCACAGAAAGCCAGUUCAUUGGCCAGUUACUUUCCCUGUCACCUACAAACAAAUGCAACUGGGGGUUAAACCUGAAGGCAGAUUAUGAGGUUAGCAAGAUGGCAUAACCCAGGGUUUUCUAUACCCUGACACGGACUCACUGUUAGUCAGGGUAAAUCGCUAUGGUAACUUAUGCUGCAUGGUUAACCUGUUCUGGGACAGGUUAUCUGCAGGCUGAAGGAUUGAAAAAUUUAAAAAAACAAAGCACUUUGACCAAUCAACUUUGGAAAAGGCACCUCCAUCACUGGAGGAUCCGGUAGAGCUAGGUGCAGAUAGUGAGGAAAUCUCUUUGCAGGGCAAGUCUUUCUCCGAGAAUAUUCAAUACAAAAGAUAUAGAUUCUCAACUGGGUGAAUAGCAAGCUUCUUGAGCCCUGUGUGUCCAUAACCACUUAUCCCUUAACUAUGGGACAGUGAUAGACCUUAAUUCUCCAGUUUAUACUUACACUUUGGCGUGAUUGUUUCUGGUAAUGCUAUAUCAAUUUAAGAAGCAGCUAGAAUGUUCAGUCACAUUUGAAAUAAACUGUAAAAAUCUUUUUUUUAAUGAGUGGCAAGGUAAAUAAGGUAUUUACUAACAAAUUUAAAUGAGCAACAAUUCUUUUUUCUCUACACUCCUCUUUGGCUUUGUUGGCAGCAACACUGUUGCUUUUUGCCACUAUGACUGCUUUAUGUUUUUUGUAUCCAUCCAUUAUGUGUCAUUUCUCCUCAGGAGAGAAACGCACUGCUACAGGCUCAUUGUUACAGACACCGCCCCUUUUAUGGCAACGCACACAGAGCUUGUUUAACAAAUCCCUGUGAUCACUUGUGGUUGUUAGGAUUUGUCAAGCCAGCUAAUGCAAAGAAACCCUGGGUAUGUUCAGCAUCCUUUGUAGUGUGCCAACAUGAUCUGCAUAAAAGACACUCCAGAAUGACAUGCUCAGGAAGCCUAUUGUGAAGGAACAAAUGAAUAGCACACUAGGAAAAUCAGUCUUUUCCCCAGGUACUGCAUGUUUUUUUCAUCUUACGGUAUUAUUAUUGUUGCGAAAACAACACCCAAUGGCCCAGAGGGGGAGACUGAGACUCAACAGACAUGUCAAACAAUCAUUAAAAUGUCACUGGCAUAGACACCACCUUUGGUGAGUGAGACGCGUGAAAAGGUCACCACCAACCGUUCUAUUUUCAAAACAUUAAAGCACAUACAUCUUCUAAGAAAAGAGUUGCACAAAGGUCAUUUUUCGGGAAGAUUUCUCUCUUCCCGAUACUAGUUCUCGAAACGUUUUUUCCAAUAAGUUUGUGGUCUAUGGUUACAAAUUAAUUAAUAUUUAUGCAGCACACUUUCCAUCCCUGCCCCUACCCUCAGUGUUCAAAGGGCAAACAGAAUACACCCAACUCCAAUGGUCAUUGAAGCUAUUAAAUUACAGAACUUUUGUCCAUUUGAUUGAGACCAAUGGCUCUAUAGUGGCUUAGUCAGUGAAGGUAGUACACACAGGCUAAGCCCUAUAUGUUCUUUAGCCUCAGUAGGAUUCUGUGAUUAACAGAAUAUGACCAGGAGUUUGUAGUGCUGGGACACAUUGCAUUUUUUUUCCUCAAGGCAGGGGUGGGAUUAGGUCAGCCAGUAACAAGCGUAUGCACAAAGAAACAUGUCACCCACUGGAAUUGGUUACAACUGUCAUCAGUGUCAGCUAGACCUCUCCUCCUGUCACACUAGUCACUGGUUAUGGGGUGAGUGCUCCCCACAGGUGUGUGGAUGACAAAAGCACAGUUCAAUUAACCCAUUUUUAGCCGUUUGAUUGGCUAGCUGACCGUCAAUCAGAUCGAUCAUUUUUGCUAACCACUGUAGAUUCCAUAAUGUACCCAAUGUGUUAGGUACAUCAUAAAUGUGUCUAAUGCAACUGGUGAAAUUGCAGACAUGAUGAAACAGUUAAACUUGCAAGUGUUUAGCGAGUACGAUGAAACUGGCACUAGCCAUAAUAAUUACACAGCUAACCACAGAGAAAGAAAACAACAAUGCCAAUAAUGUCAUAUAACUAUGAUAUUCCAAAAUGUCUCUUGAUAAACAAUUACCCUUUUCAGCUUUCUUAACUCAGUUGUCUAUUGUGCUGUUUUUCCCAAAAACAGCCUGACCACACAAGAUAAUUUCAGUUAAAGCAGCAGUCUGAUUCUCCAUUUUUGCACUAUAAAAUAAUAAUGAGCGACAUAGAUCCUGUUUCUACCAUAUCAUAAAAUGGUUGCUUAAAUAUUAAAGAAGACUGUUACAACACAGAAUUAGAAUUUUGCAAUACAGGACCUGUAAUGCCAAAGUGAGCCAGCCAGAAGAAGGCUGCAGACAGUAGCCAUAAAACUAUUUACAUAACACCAACAUUACAUCAUAGUAACCAUAAACCAGAGAUAUGCAAACCUCAUUACUGACUAAAAAUAUCAAUUUUCGAAGUAAAAUAACUUGUAGCAUCCUGUAGCCGGAAUAGCAUGUCACUGCUCUAAAUCAAACAGAAUACUUUAAAGCUUGACAUUUAGACACAGCUGCGUACGGAGGCCAAGCACACUGAAGCUCAAAGCUAAGCACUGGAGAGCAAUCUUUAAUGAGCCCAUCAGCUUCCGUUAGCCAAUACCAGCAUGAGGAAGGAGAUCCCAGCUGAGGAGGAUUUAAACUCGCUGUAUGCUUUCAACAGAGGAAAUGUCAACAGUGCUACUGGAAAAUGUCCAGUAAAUAUCUUAGUUGUUUUUGUUAAUCUCUGCUUCAUCAUUUUGAACUGUAGAAUGUUUUCCUCUGAACAGAACACUGAAACUGCAAAAACAACACACAAGAGGCCAAAGGUUAAAACUCAGUCCACAGGUUAACCAAGUUGGUGAAGCCAACACCCAAUUUUCUGGUCCUUUUGGUCUAGAGAGACAUUCAUAAUAAAUACUGUAACAUUAAAUCCCAGACACCAGAUUGCCGCACAUAACAAUGAUUGACCUGUUCCAUGACAACACACAUUACAUUAAGCACCACAAAUCCUUUCAAUGCUGCUCUCCAUGUCUUUCCUGAACUGAAACAAAUGCACUACCAGGCAAACCAACCAGGGCCUGAGUGUCCCUGUACUGUACUACAUGGUUUACAGUAGGAACUCCAGGAAACACCAAUUGCCCAUAUUUUUCUCAAGGUAUCCCUAUCCCUUGGUAUCCUAAUAAUUUGUAAUAGUAAUGCCUUAUGAAAAAUAUGAAACUUGCAACUAAUCAAUGAUAUAAGAAUGGCCUAAGGGUAGAAAAGACCUGCUACAUAAUUCCUGAUUUCUGUCAUUUACUAGGAAGAAUUAUGGUUCAUGCAGAAAGAUGAAAGUUUUUGUUCAUGCAUGUGUGAUAAGUUUGUAAUUCAAAUGACAGGACCUUCCUCUGUCUUUGUAUAAUAAAAAAAGCCUUUCUAGCA